AUGUCACGUUAUCCAUGCACAUUCAAUGAUAUUCCAACAAUAUUAAUUGAACCAUUUAUAUUACGUGGUUAUCGUUCACUUCAUCAACCAUGGUCUUAUUAUUGGAAAUCAUUAUUUCAUAAACAUAAUGAAACAAUAAAUGUUUGGAGUCAUUUAAUAGGUAUAUUACAUAUGGGAUAUUUAUUAUAUUAUUAUAAUCAACGAUUACUAUUUUAUGAAAAUUCUCAUUCAUGGCCAUUUGCUGUAUCAUUAUGUACAGCUAUAAUUAUGUUUAUAUGUUCAGCAUUUGCACAUUUAUUACAUUCAAAAUCCGAAACCAUUCAUAGAACGUGUUUUGCAAUUGAUUAUGUUGGUGUUAGUUUACAUGGUUUUGGUUCAGGUUUUCUUCAUAUUUAUUAUUCAGCACCACAAUGGUAUUAUGAUAAAAUUGAAUAUCAAUAUGUAUUUAUGCUUCUUUUACUUAGUAUUUUUGCUUGUCUUUUAAAUUGUUUUGCUCAAUAUUAUUUUCAUCCACCUUAUCCACCAUUAAAACGUAUUUGUCAAUUUUUACCAUGUGGAAUUUUAUGGAUUUAUUCAGUUAUUCCAUUAAUUAUUGGUUUACUUUCAUGUCAAUUUCCAUCAGAUUUAAAUUCAAUAUGUCAUUUAGGACAGGUGAUAUUAUUUCUUAUUGGUGCAACACUUUUUGCUUUCGAUUUACCGCAACGUUUUUGGCCCGGUGCUUUAGAUUUUAUUGGUCAAAGUCAUCAUUUAUUUCAUUUAUGUAUUUAUUUUGUAACUGUAUGUCAAAUGCAUGGUGUUUAUUGGGAUUAUGAAAAAAAUCAAAAAAUAAUUGAUCAAAGAAGUAAACCAGAUUUAAUAUUUUGUGUUGGUUCAAUGAUUUCUCUUAUUUUAUUGGAUAUUAUUAUUGUUUGGUAUUUCCGACGACGUCUCCUCAUCUAUUCGGACAGACAUGAUUAUGAUGCAUAUGGAAUACGUAUAGCUAGUACAGAUUAUUUUGUUGUACUUGCUCAAAAUGAUGGUCUUCGUUAUGUUGUUUCAAUGGCUCCUUUUGGAAUGGAAUAUGUAUGCGGUUAUAAUUAUAAUUCAUCAAAUGAUUUUGUUAUUAGUAUAGCUGUCGGUCGACGGCAAAAUUUUUCACAAUUAUCAUUUGUUUAUUUACGAACCAAUUCCACAAAUGGUCAAUAUCAAAAAUUAGGUUUAUUUACAUUUUCACGUAGAAAUAGAACUACUAGUUCAUCAAAUUACUCGUGUAAUCAAAGAUUAAGUAGAAAUGAAGGAGAACAUGAUGUGAAAAUAUGGAAACGUGAACCAUCUGAAUUGUCAACAUUACAAGUCGAUCUUUAUGGAAAAUAUGCAUAUGGUUUUCUUUCACAAGAUAUUUUUAUUUAUGAUAUUGAAAAUAACUAUGUCAAAAGUCUUCUAUGGAAUGAUAUAUUUCCAUCGAUCAAUAUUAAACCUCAUGCAUUAGAUAUAAGUGAGACAAAUGAUGAAUUUUCAAUAGCAAUUAUUGCUGGCUAUUAUGAAAUUGAUAUUGAAAAAAAUUUACCAUCUGUUUAUCUUGUUCGUUUAAAUCCUCCUUAUAAUAUGACUCUUGUUGAUAAUUAUACUUUAUUUUCUGAUAAUCAAAAAUUUGUUCGUGGACGUUAUGUUUUUACUUAUGAAUUUGAUUAUGUUAUGUCUGUUUCAAUUCAUGAUGCAACUCAACAAGUUCUUAUUGGUGUACCACAAUUACGUAAAACAUAUCUUUUUUCAUUUAAUAGUACAAAUUUAACAUUAAUUAAUACAUUUAAUCAUUCAGCACGUUCAACAAGUUGGCUUGAUGAUGAUGGUAUACAAGCAGGUUUACUUCUUAGUGAUCAAGCUACACUUCCUUGGGCAAAAUCUCGAAUACAUGUAGUAAAUACAACAUCUGAAGAUAUAUUAUAUUGUUAUCCUAAUAAUCAACAAACAUUAGAACAAUGGUCAAAUACACCUCCAACAUUUAUUCGAUUAACAAAAACAUAUGAUCAUCAAUUAGUUAUACUUACUGGAGAUGGAACUUUAGUACUAAUUCCUUCAGUUGAUGCAGGUUACUAUAUGAAAACAGAUGAUAUUAAUAGUGUAUUACAGCAUCCAUUAGCAUGUCCACGUGGAACUUAUAAAAGUAUGCGAGGUCCAACACCAUGUACAAUAUGUCCAACAAUGACUAAGAGUUCUCCUAUUAGUGUAUCAUUUAAUUCAUCACAUGGAAUGUAUGUAGGAUAUCCAACUAUAGAAUGUAUUAAUUGUUCGUCAAAUUCUUUCUGUCCUCUCGCUUCGGUCAAUGAUGUAAAUCAAUCAAUUUUUCAAUCGAAAAGUCAAGCUUAUGCUUAUCCUACAUCAUCUUCAAUGGCAUCAUUCGAUGAUAUUCUCAUGGAAAAUACAUUUAGUCUAGAAAUAAGAUCUAUUCGAUGUCUUCUCAUUUCACCAUUUUUUUGGUCUCUAAUUACAUUAUUUCUUGCUUUUAUUAUUCUACUUAUUAUGGGAAUCUUAUACCAUUCUCCAACAGGAAAGAAGCAUUUUGAACGUCUUGAAUGGCUUUUGCGUCAUUCUGAUCUUAUUGGUAAUGGAGAAUUAUGGUUUGGUGGACUUAUUUCAUUUGCUAUCAUUAUUCUUAUCAUCUAUAGUUUUUGGUUUGGUACCGUUUUUGUUGUCAAAUAUCCAUUAGAAACAUCAAAUGAUUCUUAUUUUGUAUGUGAUACAUCAUUAAAAAAUACUCAAUUUAGUUCAGCUCUACAAUUAUUAGCUAUUAUUAAAUCUAAGGAAGAAACACCUAUAUUUGAUAUGCUUGAUAUGCAAGAAUUUACUAUAACUGUCAAUUUUGUACAAACAGGUUAUACUUGUAAUGAUGUUACUGCACAAAAAAAUAUUGGCACUUAUUCAGUAGCAUUACCACCUACUAAUUGUACUGUGCAAUCAGAUAAUACUACGCUUACUGUCGUAUACCGUGUGCCUUAUCAUAAAAUGACUAUACAAAUAAAUUUAACAGGAUCAUAUUAUAUUGGUGGUAUUUUUAUAUGUCUUACGGGUCCUCGUAUUACAACGAAUGAUUCAUCAUAUAUCGUUCAAAAUUUAGACUAUUGUCAAUUGUUUAAUACAUCCGAUCAAACUCUUGGUCACACAACAGAAAUCAAUUUUGCUCUUACAAAAGUGAUUAAUCGAACAGAAUCAUUAGAUUAUAGUGGUUCAACUAAUUAUAGUGGUAUAUGGAUUCCGACAUCAACUCAUGGAUCAUUGAAUGAUCGUCUUGUUUAUUUACAACAAGGUGCUUUUCUUCGUUAUUUAUCUACACAACAUACAUUGAUCAUCAGUUUUAGUGAAACAGAAUUUUAUGUUAUUAAUAAACAAGAACCAAUUGCACGAAUGGGUGAAGUUCUUUUUCAUGAUAUACUUUUUGUAACGACUAUUAUUGGUAUCUUUGCAUUAGCUUUUCUUAUUUUUAAAUUAAUGUUUAUGCCAAUACUGAAAUGGAUUAUUAAUCACAAAAAUUAUACAUAUCAAAUAUUAUAUGCUAUUCAUCAUCUUCAUCGACCAUUGUUUCGUGAUGAAUGUGGAAUAGAACAAUUCUUACUUAUUUUUCGAUUGCUUAGUGCACCGUCGGUAGUUGAAUGGUCUAAUACUGCCAAUUGUCUUUAUUAUCAAAUAAGUUUUCCAAAUUUUCCAUUCAAUAGUAUUGAAUUGUCUCAAUUACCUAUGUCAAUGACGAUAUUUUCAUUGAUUAUUUUCCAUUUUAUUCAUGUAACAACAUUAUCAUCAGAAUGUGAAUCGACUACAACAAUAUGGACAUAUUAUCCUUGUUCAUUUAUUAUUUCAUCAUCAUCAUCAUCAUUCUAUUGUCAACAAGCAUCAAUUAGUUUAUCAAUUGAUCAAUAUAUAGACAGAGAAAUAACGUUUUUCUGGCAUUUUCCAUAUGGUAAUAUGACAAUAACAUUGAAAUCAGAUAAAAAUCAAUCAUUUCUAUUACAUUUAUUUAAAAUGUCAUCAUUGAAGAAAAAAUUAAUUAAAAAUAUUUAUCAUCUAGUAAAUAAUAAAACUAUAAACGAACAAAAACUUAAUAUUGAUGAACAUGAAGUUAUUAUAAUACCUUCGAAUGAAUAUAAUCAUUGUUCAAUUAAAUUUGAAACAUCAAAUCGAAUUAUUUUUGAUUAUGGAAUAUUAAUACGAAUGUCGAUUCGGACUAAUGACAAUAAUAUUCAUUAG